AUGGCGCGUGGGUCGAUUAUCGUCGUACUUACCCUCAUUGUGAUCAUCAGCUGCGAGUAUCAAAAUGCGAUGGGAAACAGUAAGGAGAAGAAAACCGCGGCGGCGGAAAAAGAACGAGCGCGGUCUGCAAGCCCCGGGCGGGAACGAGGCUCCUUUCAAAAGCUGUCGAACCUUAUGAACCGAACGGAAGACCGACGUGAGGGUAGACGCAGAGGAAAGAACAACUUCAACAAAAUAUUGCAGCUUAAUCGCAAGCACAAAGCCCAAAAUGAUGACAUGCUAAACGACAAUGAGGGUGCGAUCGCCAUUAACCAGAAAACUGUAUCUGAUAACGAUACGGAUUCACUAUCAGACAAGAUGAAAGUCCUGCGCCGCGAAGGGCCAACUUACGAGGCUGUGAGCAAGUACAACUAUGUGCCCCAAGUGACUGGUGUGUUUUGUAACUUUGAAAUUAACAAUAACUCUCAAGUAGAUAUGUGUAAGUGGCAGUGGAACACUACCGUGUCGAGUCACGGGCUUGGAUUCAAGGUUGUGACGGCGGCAGACGUCGUACAUAUGAAUGAGACGACUAGAGGUCUCAAAUUUUCGGGCCCAAGCACCGACGCGGACGGAAACGUUAGAGGUCACUUCUUAUAUCUGCCAGUGGACCCAACUAUGGAGAACAUGGUAAUUAAAUCACCGCCGUUCCGUGGACUCUCCGAAUUUUGUAAGUUCGAAGCAAGGCUUCAUCAGAGCAAGAUGCAGAACGCGAGCAUAAGGCUGGUGUCGGAGUCUACGAUGUCAGAAGUGCAAUGGAUACUACAAGAAGUUGCAGGAAACAAUUUUGAAAUCUGGUACCCAUUGCGUUUCAUGAUUGGAAAAAUGCAGCAAGAAGUGCGCAUAAUCGUCGAGGUUACGAGGCCCUCGUACGUCAGCCUAGUGCAAAGCUUGCCCCACAUCGCUUUCGACAACAUCCGGAUGGUGGAAUGUCUACCAGAACCCCCAGUCUUCAAUGGAGAAUGUCAGCUUAAACAGCUGAAGUGCACUAUUAUGAAUAAGGAAUCCUGCAUCAAGUUGCAGCAAGUCUGCGAUCUAGUCAAAGACUGCGAUGACGGCAGCGAUGAAAAUCAAAAUUGCGACAAGAUGCCCUAUGGGUCGUACUGCAACUUCGAGCAAGACGCCUGCGGAUUUGUCAACAUACCACAACCGAUUCUAAAAUGGUCCCGCCACAGCGGGCCAACGCCGACCGACAAAACCGGUCCAAAUUACGACCACACCUGCGGUCCUCCCGACCAGUACACUGCCAUCCCAAUCCCUCCUCCCCUGUUCCCUGCCCACAUGAACCAUUCCCUCACCCAGUGCAUCGGGUACUAUUUCUUCGUGAACAUGAAUGUGACCGGCCCCAAUAAGGAGAAGGCGGAUUUUGCGUCGACCGCUGUUAUGCGGUCUGUUAUUUUUAAUCCGCCCCCGAAGGUGCACGGUGAUAUACAUUCGAAGUACUACAACUGUUGUAUGAUAAGAUUCUACUACCAACAAAAUGGCAGGAACUACGGGUCACUGAGCGUGGACGUGGUGGAGAUCACCAACAGGGGAAACCACACCACAUCGCUUUGGUUCUCCACUAAAGACAAGGGCGAGAACUGGUACCGAGCGGCGAUAUUUCUUCCUAACGUUACUAGAAGAUAUUUCCUCGAGUUCAAGACUCGUAUGGGUAUGAGGAUAUAUUCGGACUCUGCUAUCGAUGACUUCUCGAUGGCCCCCGAGUGUUUCGGCCUGAAUAUUGACCCGAAGGAACUCGGGGACUAUAACUAUUAUGAUCAAUCCUUAGAAGAGAAGACCGAUCCUCACCCUGACUUUCUGGAUGUACCCUACUAUCGGUUCACAACGUGCGGUGCCACCGGCCGGUACGGUCCUAAUCAGACAAUGUGUGACAUCGCUUACAACAACACUCCUGUCUCCGUGACCGUCAUAUCGGAGCCCCCCUACCAGGGCAUACAAGUUUGGGAAGUACCUUCAGAAGGGCUUUACACUAUAAUAGCGACGGGCGGGUCCGGCGGGCUGGGGUCCGCGUGGGCGGGCGUGUCGCACGCCGCCCAAGUGCGCGGCCUGUUCGAGCUGCACCGCGGCGAGCUCCUCUACAUGCUCGUCGGACAACAGGGACACAACGCUUGCAAGAAGACACUGUCAGCACAAGAGAGCCAAGAAUGUUCGCGAAGACAUUUGAAUGAGUCCUCGCAGAUUUACACGAGCAAGACACACGAAGUUCGAAACACUGAAGUGAACGACGGCGGUGGUGGGGGAGGGGGAGCUACUUUUAUAUUUAUAUUGGACAAGGCGGGCGCCCCGGUCCCGCUGCUGGUGGCAGGCGGCGGUGGCGGCCUGAGCGUGGGCGCCUUCCGCGACGAUGGCUCGCAGCACGCCAAAGGACUCACGGACGACGCGCCCGAGUCCGGCUACAUGUACGGACCGCCGGGCCGCACCUCCGGAGCGGGCGGCGGGUGGAGCUCGCGCGGCGGGCCGAGCACGCCUGGGCACGAGCUGGUGCGCGGUGCGGCACUGCUGGAGGGUGGCGCGGGCGGCGCGGCGUGCUCAGGCGCGGCGCGCGGUGGCUUCGGUGGCGGCGGCGGCGGCUGCCUGCGCGGCGGUGGCGGCGGCGGCUGGCUCGGUACCAAUCACUCAUUACAAUUGCUUUUUUUAUGUCGUAACAUUGGUUACAAGGCUUUUAGCCAAAAAUUAAACCAAAAAAUAUUAUGCGUGUAA